AUGGUAAUAUCUACAAUAGAAGAGGGGAGGGAGAGCAGUGCGUGGGACAUACCUGUCACCAUGGCAGAAGAGGAUAUGGAGAGUGGUUCCGAAAGCGAGUUUGAUACCGCGCCCCCCGUGCAUCCGGUGCCUACAAUGCAAGGCGCCUUUGAGGAAUCUAUGAACGAGACCAUGAACGAUGACGAGCCAGAGGUGCCAGAUCGAUACUCCAAGGCAGAUUCGGUGACGAGGCGGAAGAUGCUGCUGGAACAGCAAGAAUACGAGCGCACAGUUGCGGGACGUUGGAAGCAAAAACCGGGAGAAAAGUUCCAUCCGCUGUGGAAACUUGUAGCUCAGAUCUCAUUUGGGAUGCAUCUUCUGCAGCAGGGCUUGGCCAAAUCAGAUGAGGAGGUUCUCAAGAUCCUACAGACACACGUCGAUGAAGUCGACGGCUUCCUCGAGCGGACCACCGAAGACUUUGAUCUAGCCCAGAACGACAUCAAUGAGCGCAUACGAUACCUCAAACUCCCACUGGAGCAUGGCCAAGUCUUCGAUCAGAUGCUCGCAGAUCGGCCUUUCCGUGUAGCGAUUGUCGAAGGUAACGAGAAGAUCGAACAUAUAAUAGACCGAACAGCAGCAGCUAUGAACGAUGCUCUGAAAGAUGUACAAAAGGGCCUAGAUGCGACAAGGGAGCUUGCAAAAUACAUGACGAGAGUCGACAAGCAGUGGGAGGAUCGAACAGAAGAACACGACUCUGUAUACCUAGCCAUGAUCGGGAAUACCGAGGGAUGGACGAGGGCUUUUUUGACUCUACAAUCAAAAGGGGGACAUCUGCGAAAGGCUCUCGUUCAACUGGGGACCAUUGUUGCAGAGAUGCAAAGAAGAGCAGGUGCUGCAAGUCGAAAGAAUCUGGCAAGCUAA